AUGAAUAGGAUCAAAAAAUUUAUUCAUUAAAAAGGACUCCUACCUGCAAAACCAUCACAAAAUGAUUUAUUAAAUGAUGCAAGAUCAGCCUUUUUAAAAAGAUAAAAAACUAAAAAAGAUUAAGAACAAAUUGAGUUAUUUAUGUUAUCAUUAAGUUUUGUGUAGAAAUUGAAAACUUAAUAUGGGCCACUUAUUGUAGCUGAUCUUUGUCGAAAUAUAUCUUACUUGAGAAUUCCUGCAGGUACACAAAGUAAAUUAUUAAUUUAGUUUAGUAAUUUAAAUCAAUAAAGAAAACAGAACCUUUUAUGUAAUCUUAUCAGGUAAAGUAAGUAUAAGCAUUUAUGUUCAAAAAGGCUAAAAGCGAAAUUCAUUGAGAAUGGCAUAGAACAUUAACAAUAUAACUUAACAUUCUAGUCUUUAACAAAUUUAAUAAGCUUCAACAUAAGGUACGAUAAACUCCUAAUCAUCAAUAAAAGGUGAAGAUGAUUAAUUUAGCCUUUAAGAGAUUAAAACACUUGAAUAAGGUGAUUCCUUUGGAGAAUUAGCCUUAAUAAAAGAUAAUCUUAAAGCAACAGCAACAGUUACAACUAAAUCAGAUUGCGAGUUUGGAUGUUUAACUAGAAAACAAUAUAUAGAUAUUUUAGGAAAAAUCAGUAAAGUUAUUAUUAUAUUGAGUUUAGAAUUUACAUCAUGAAAAACUAGUGUUUCUUUAAACGAUUCCUCCACUAAAGUAAUGGAAUGAUGAAGAUUUAAAAUAAUUAUCCUAUUAUUUGGUGUUGAAACAUUACGUUAGAAAUUAAAUUGCUGUAGGAGAAGGGGCAGAUAAUUCUUAAGUAUUUGUUGUAAAAUAUGGAGUAUUUCAUGUUUUGAAACAAUAUCAAGGAUAAAAAUUAAUUUUAAGUGAACUUUAAGAAUCAGAAAUUUUUUAUUAACAUCCUAGUGAAUUGAAAUAUAAAUUUUCACUUCGAUGUGCCUCUGAUGGUUCUAGUCUAUAUGAAUUCUCACAUUAUGACUUUAAAAAAUAUGCAGAAAAUAAUAAUUUAGAAGAUUUCAUAAAUUUAGAAAAAUAAAAAUAAAAUUGGAGAAUGAUAAAAUUUGAAGAAAGAGUUUCUGAUGUUAAAGAUGUACAUCAUUAAGAAUCAGAACUUAUUGAAACUAAAAUAGAAUUUAAGAAAACAAUUAAAUUAUAUGAAGAUCUUAAAAUUAGAUGUAACUCUGCUAAAAGAAAAAAAACUCCUUUUAAAGUUGAAGAAAAUGCUAUUUAAAAAACUUAAAGAUAGGCUUAAAUGGCACUUAAGAAAAAUUAAAUUCUUAGAUUUGGAGAUGAUUCAAGCGAAAAUUCUUUCACACUUCCAGCUAUAAGAAGCACUUCAAGAAAAAAGAUUUAUGUAGAUUUAAUUGAUACAGAAAAGAGCUUUGAAACGCUAGAUUAAUAUAAUAUUGGGGAUUGUGAAAAAUAUUAAUUAUAUUUUGACCAUUCACAUCCUUGGAGAAAUUUAAAUCAAAAAAAAAAAACAUUAAAUUGA